UGUUGCUGACGUGCUUCACAUACCGUCCUGGCGAUAUGAGUGGUCUCGUCAGGCCGUCCAUCUGCGUGCGCUUCGCCGGCGAUGGCGAGGCAGAUGAGCCGCUGGUCGUCCAUGAGACGAUCCUCCAUCAGUUUCAGUACUUCCAGCGAGUAAGACUCAAAGCACCAGACGCAGCAGAUCAGAAAUGCACAUCGGCCCGCUUCGUCUGUGUGUUCGUGCAGCUGUUGGAUGGUGAGUUUCAGGAGGGCCAGCAGCGUGAGGUGCGCAUCGAGCGCAUCAGCCGAGCCGUGGGGCUGGUGGUGCUGCAGCAUGAGCUGGACAUCAUCGAUUCGCUCACCAAGGACAACCUGCUGGACGCGAUGAUUGCACUCGACUACCUGCAGUUCGAUACCGACAAGAUCUUCACACCGGGCAGCAACCAAAGCCUGCUCUGGGGCAUCCAUCGCAAGGUGCGCUAAACAAGUUAAGAGGGUCACGUGAGCUGCGAGUUGAUGUGUCCUUGGUCUGUGUGCUACAGGUGGUGGUGGGAGGCUGGCUGCAUGACAAUCAGCUCGCCACCAGUCUGCUGGACAGCUUCAGCCGCUACGCCUUCGUCGCCCGCCUCAUCCACCAGCACAAGGACAUUCGCACGGCCCUGCUGCCGGCGCUGCGCAAGAAGCCCGACGUCAUCAGUGCCCAGUGGCGUCGCUGUGUGAGAGGGGAGGAGGCAGAUGACCCCAUCAAGGCGGCCAUGAGCCUGGUGGACAGCCUGGUGGAUGGGCUGUCGUCUGGCCGCAUCGAUGUGAGCCGCCAGGAGGUCGCCCAGUUCAUCACGGCUGCGACGGGUAGCACGUCUCUUGCUGCAGCGCACGGUGAGGAGAGAGUCGACAGGCAUGCUGUCAGCACUCACAUGAAUUCAUCCUUGGUCUGCAGGUUCGGUCUUCGAGAGGGACAUUUUCACUCCGUCCGCCACCAGCAGCACCCACCCCUUCGCCAACGACGAGCGGAGAUCGGCCAGAUGCGGCGGUAUCAACUUCAAGGUAGCGGCCCUUCCCCAUCCCUACACCCCUCACCCAUCCCCCGGCCCGCCUCCCAACGCCAUGGACGAUGCUGAUGCGAAAGUUGCAGACGUCGGCGGCUGGCACAUCACCUUCGAUAGCAUCGAUGAAAGCGCAACGAGGGAGUCGUUUGCGAGGUGCUUCGCUCCUGACGCCUCCCUCGAGAUCUCCAUUGGCGCUGAUGGCAAUGGCACGGAGGCGGCGGCGCCAGCAGCACACAGCGGCGGUGGUGCUCGCCGGAAUGCCAUCCGGCUGCACGAGGCGCCCACCGUGAUGACCGAGAAAACAAUUCACAUGGGUGGGGAGGGAUCAUCCGGCCCCUCCAUUUCUCACUUCGGUGCCAACCUGGGCGAAGGUUCUGUCGGGACGCACACCAAUCGACCUCACAUCUCAAGUGAGUCGCUCGUCCACGGGAGCGCGCUCAAGGACGUCAUCAUGAUCAUGACUGUGCGGCAUUUCCCAAUGCGCGCCCUCGCCCUGCACUACCUUAGACUGUGUGUCCAGGAGGGGCGAUGGGAUGACGUCACACUCAUGGCCAAGUAAGGGAGCAAGGAGCGGUGUACAGACACACUGGCGGCACAUCGGGUGUCCGUCCAUCCAUGUGUGCAGGUCGAUUCACCGUGAGGUCGCGGUUCACAUGCUGUCAUGGCUGAUCAACGCGCUCGACCAUCGCCUCCGGCUCAUGCUGUGCUGGGCGGCGGCGGUCGGCGAUCUGCCUGAGGAGAGCUGUGAUCGCAUCGUAUCGACGUUGACGACCGAUCUCAUUGAGGAGAAUCUUGCUGAAACGGCUGCCGUCCUUCCCAUCAUACCCUCCCUCCCAUCAGCAGUGAAGACGGCCUUCGAGGAUGCUCUCAAGGGAGCGGUUGACGCACGAGAUGACGAAUGUUUCCAGGAGCUGUACAAUGCCCUCGUCAAGGUCAGCCGAUCCCAUUGAGUUGUCUCAUCGUCUGUGCGCUCUCACCCUCUCCGUCUGUGUGUUCGGGUGUGUCUGUGGCACAUAGGAGGCGGCCGAGCGGCAGCGUGUGGAGGCUGAGAGGGGGCAGCUGCGUCAGGAGAUAGAUCAGGUGCGUCGAGUGCCACCCACACAAGCUCGUCUCUUCUCUGUGCCCAUUUUCUGUGUAUGUAUGUACUGGUUUUGGCUAUGCAGGAGGCGGCCUCUCGGCAGCGUUUGGAGGCCGAGGUCGAGCAGUUGCGUCAGGAGAUAGAUCAGGUACACCCACACAAUCGGUUGGCAUGAUUGGAUCAAACACACUUGUUUGUGCACACCUGUAUGCAUGUGUGUGUGCGCGCGUCACCCAGUUGCGUCGCGGGGCGGAGUGGUCACGAGGGGAGAUGGAGGACCAGCAGCAGCAGCAGCGAGAGGGGACACCUAACUAAUCGGUGAGUGGCUGUGUGCACACUCGUGAGUGAUCGAUUCUCACGUUUCUUUGUCCCUAGCUAUCUUUCUCCGACUCCCUUCUUCCCGCGUAGCUGGAUGAAAAGGCCGCCCUGGCUGGUGGAUACAUGUUCUCUCUAGCUGCAGUCAUGUUGUUUUAAUACACACAGACGACAGUGUGUGUUUCACACUCGUCGUCCAUACACACACACACCAGACAGACACACAGACUGCAUGCAUAAGUCCACACUGAUUGGUGCCUGUGGGUUCUGGGCCGGGUGGGGGGAGGGUGGGUUGGGUUGCCUAAUUGUGUGUGUCGUGGUAAUUUCACAUCGGUGUGCGGUCCUGCAUGGUCACUGAGACGUUGUUGCUGAGCGCUUUCGUGUACACACACAUACAUGACAUGUAUACAUCAUAUGAGGGCAUAUGAUGGCUGCACGCUGGUCUAGUGCUACGGUGACGGAGAGGGGUUUUGAUGGCCUGCCUGCUGCCUGCCUUCCCCUCACCGUCCUCCAUGCCAACCUGCCCGUCUGUCUGUCUGUCUGUUGCCCGCCAGCCAUGUCGUUUUAAUGCACAGCUGGGCGGGAGCAGUGGCAGGCCAGCCAGCCAGCCACACUCGUCGCGCGUUGAAUGCAUGGUCUUAUCGCUGUCGUGCUGCCUGUCUGUCUGCCGCCCCCUUCCACCUCUUCUCUGUCGAUAGCUUAGUGGCCACAGCCAUGGCCGCCCCUCUCUCUCCCUCUCUCUCUCUCUCUGUUUUGAUGCGCAUCCACGGCCGUCUUUUUCGAUUGGACGACACACAUGCCUCGCUUCUCCUUUCCAUAUAUCCAUCCAUCCAUCCAUCUCUGUGUGUGUUUCACACUCGUCCAUUUAUCCACAUACAUCUGCAUACCAUUACACCAGACAGACAGACUGCCUCUAUGCAGUCAGUCAUUUUUGCCUUUUCGCAUGCUUAAGUCCACACCGAUUGGUGCCUGUGGG